UUGUAUUUCUUUGCAGCGGCAAGGGAGAUCACUGCGCAGGAUCGAUUUAUAGUCAGUUAAGAUUAUCGUCGGGGCAUAGAACGUACUGCUUAAACACAGUGAAAUAUAUAAUGGAGAUUUCCACUUUAGAUCCUAAACUGCAAGCGCUGGUGAAAGCGGCUGUCGACGUAAAGAACAAUGCAUAUUGUCCAUACAGUAACUUCAGAGUCGGGGCUUCUGUCCUCUGUUCAGAUGGUUCAAUAUACGCCGGUUGUAAUGUAGAGAAUGCAUCCUAUGGAUUGUGUGUCUGUGCUGAACGCAAUGCUGUCAUGAAAGCUGUAUCCGAGGGUAAAAAGAAUUUUACGGCAGCAGCAGUCUCGUGUGAUAUCAAAGGAGACUUUAAGGGACCAUGUGGUGUCUGCAGACAAGUGUUCGCUGAGUUUAACCUGGACAUUGAGUUGUAUCUUACCAAACCUGACAUGACAUACAAGAAAGUAGUCCUCAAAGAUCUGCUACCUAUGGCGUUCACCCCACAAAGUCUGGAAGAGGAACGUAUAUAGCGAAACAGGGAAAUAUCAUGUUGAAAUGCAGAAUCAGCAGCUGUGGUCAUUUAACAGAGAUAAUUAUGAACUUUAACAUGUACUAUGGUACUUUUAAAGGGAAGUUAUGGAGAGGACACUAUCAUACUCUGGAUGACCAAUUUUUUACCUUUACAGAUAUUAUAUGUGUAUGGGUAUUAAAAUAAUAUCACUAUUUUCAACAUAUUUUUUUUUUUGUAAUUACCAAAGUUGAAUUUUUUCUGCCACCCAAACUUGAAGCGCCAAUGACUUUUAUUGCUACAGAACAAUGCAAAGAUUGAGAACAUGUAUUAUUAUCUUUCAUGUCUGAUUUGAUCAGAAAAUAAUUUGUUCAUUUCAGUAGGCCUACUUCUACAUUCGUUUGUUUCCAAGGCAGCAAUGCUUUCUAGCACUUUCAUCUCAGUUCAAAAAUAAAAUUAUAACACCA